CCUGCGCGACUCCGGCUGGGCAGGAUUCCGGACAACGCCUGGUUCCUCUCGGGUCCUUCCGGCGUCGCCGGAGUGAAUUGAUCCGGGAGUUGAAGAGGGCUCCAAAGGUGGGAAGUGAAGUCAGUGUCUCAGUUGCCGGUCAGUAUAUAUUUUGUGCCCUGUUCUUUUAUCACAAAAGAGAAAAGAAAUACUGCAGUGAAUGAAGAUUCCUCUGCAUUUUAGCACUGCUUUUUCUACUGUAGUUGGCUUUUGAAUGAGGAUGACAAUGGAAGAGAUGAAGAAUGAAGCUGAGACCACUUCCAUGGUUUCUAUGCCCCUCUAUGCAGUCAUGUAUCCUGUGUUUAAUGAGCUAGAACGAGUAAACCUGUCAGCAGCUCAGACACUGAGAGCAGCUUUCAUUAAGGCUGAAAAAGAAAAUCCAGGACUUACACAAGACAUCAUUAUGAAAAUUUUAGAGAAAAAAAGUGUAGAAGUUAACUUCACAGAGUCCCUUCUUCGAAUGGCAGCUGAUGAUGUAGAAGAGUAUAUGAUUGAACGACCAGAGCCAGAAUUCCAGGACCUAAAUGAAAAGGCACGAGCACUUAAGCAAAUUCUCAGUAAGAUCCCAGAUGAGAUCAAUGACAGAGUGAGGUUUCUGCAGACAAUCAAGGAUAUAGCUAGUGCAAUAAAAGAACUUCUUGAUACAGUGAAUAAUGUCUUCAAGAAGUAUCAAUACCAGAACCGCAGGGCACUUGAACACCAAAAGAAAGAAUUUGUAAAGUACUCCAAAAGCUUCAGUGAUACUCUGAAAACCUAUUUUAAAGAUGGCAAGGCAAUAAAUGUGUUCAUAAGUGCCAACCGACUAAUUCAUCAAACCAACUUGAUACUUCAGACCUUCAAAACUGUGGCCUGAAAGUUGUAUAUGUUAAGAAAUGUAUUUCUCAGUGGCAGUAUUGGACUGCCUUUAUCUGUAAAUUUUAAAGUUUGACUGUAUAAAUUAUCAGUCCCUCCUGAAGGGAUCUAAUCCAGGAUGUUGAAUGGGAUUAUUGCCAUCUUACACCAUAUUUUUGUAAAAUGUAGCUUAAUCAUAAUCUCACACUGAAGAUUUUGCAUCACUUUUGCUAUUAUCAUUCUUUUAAGAAUUAUAAGCCAAAAGAAUUUACGCCUUAAUGUGUCAUUAUAUAACAUUCCUUAAAAGAAUUGUAAAUAUUGGUGUUUGUUUGACAUUUUAACUUGAAAGCGAUAUGCUGCAAGAUAAUGUAUUUAACAAUAUUUGGUGGCAAAUAUUCAAUAAAUAGUUUACAUCUGUUAAACAUUUCUUUACUUGAAAAAAUACAUAUAUAUAUAUAUAUGAAUAUAUAUAUAUGAUCAGAAGACCAAGAUGACUUGGUGUAAUGUCUAAAGAACUAACGGGAGCUUACUAGCAGUUUAUCAGAUAAUAAAGCAACAAGAAUUCU